AUGUCUUCCAGCAACAAGAACAGCUACAACAGACGCGGUAGCACGGAUCUCAACAGACGGGGUAGUAUGGACAACAAGCACACCACUACGACCUCUAACAGGCAACAACAACUGCCUUCGAGAAACAGCUGCAGAGACUCAAUGCGAAGUUCCAUUUCCAACUCUUCAAAUGAACCAUUGAUUGAUGGAGCUCUUGCAAUCAUGAGAUCUCCUCAACCUGCUGGUUCCCCAAACAAGCCUCGUGUUACGAGGCGAAGAGGGUCCUUGAUCACCGCAAGACAAGCCAACGAGCUACUUCUAGACACCAGCGAUUGCCUAUCGGAGAUGAUGCAGAAACGCAGGCAGACGGGGAGUACACUCGACGGCGACUGCGACUCCGGUGACAGCGACAUUGAGUUAUGA